AUGGUGCUUGAAGGAAGUGCUGAAGCUGUGAGUUCUCAUUCGCUGCACCUGCGUCGCACCUGUGCCCAGAAUGGGCGUUUUUACUCUUCGGCAGGGGAUAGUCUUCUGUUCACCAAAAAACCAGUGAAGUACGGAGAAUUGAUUGUCCUGGGGUACAAUGGCUCUUUGGCUAAUGGAGACAAAGGGCGUCACCGCAGCCGGCUGGCCCUUUACAAGCGACCCAAAGCCAACGGGGUAAAACCCGACGUCAUCCACCAUAUCUCCACGCCACUGAUGUCCAAAGCGCUGAGCGACAGAGGUCAGCACAGUAUCUCCUACACGCUUUCCCGAAGCCAUUCGGUCAUUGUCGAAUACACUCAAGAUGGCGAGACGGACAUGUUCCAGAUCGGCCGCUCGACGGAGAGCAUGAUCGAUUUUGUGGUGACCGACACCACGCCGGGCACCAACUCAUCCGUGGACGGACAGACAGCCCAAAGUACUAUAUCCCGCUUUGCCUGCCGGGUCAUCUGUGAAAGAAACCCUCCGUACACCGCCCGCAUUUACGCUGCCGGUUUCGACGCUUCCCGCAACAUUUUCCUUGGAGAGAGGGCUGCGAAAUGGAGGACACCCGACGGGCUCAUGGAUGGCUUGACCACGAACGGUGUGCUUGUGAUGCACCCCGACGGCGGUUUUAGCGAAGACUCCACCCCGGGGGUCUGGCGGGAGAUUUCGGUGUGCGGGAAUGUCUACGCUUUGCGGGACAGUCGCUCGGCACAGCAGCGGGGAAAGCUGGUGGAAAUGGAGUCCAACAUUCUGGAGGACGGCUCCCUCAUUGACCUCUGCGGGGCCACGCUCCUCUGGCGCACUUCGGAAGGUCUCCUGCGCACCCCAACUUUGCAACAGCUGGAGCUGCUGCGUCAAGAGGUCAACGCUGCCCGGCCCCAGUGCCCGGUGGGCUUCAGCACCCUGGCCUUCCCGAGCCUGGCCCAACGAGGUGUGGUGGAAAAACAGCAGCCCUGGGUCUACAUCAACUGUGGCCACGUCCACGGUUUUCACAACUGGGGGUUCCGUAAAGAGAAAGGGGGGCUGGAGCGCGAAUGCCCCAUGUGUCGGCGGCUGGGUCCUUACGUGCCUCUCUGGCUGGGCUGCGAGGCCGGGCUGUAUCUGGACGCCGGACGCCCCACCCACGCCUUCUGCCCCUGCGGCCACGUCUGUUCCGCCAAGACUGUCCAGUAUUGGUCACAGAUCCCGCUGCCGCACGGCACCCAUGCCUUCCACGCCGCCUGCCCUUUCUGCGGCACCUGGCUGACCGGCCAGCAGGGUUUCGUGCGACUCAUUUUCCAGGGACCCCUCGACUAA